AUGGGCCUCGCCGUCCUCGAAGUCCCGCGCGGCUUUCCAGCAUCAUCCAGCAAGGGCCCCAGCUCGACCGUCGCUCUGCCUUACCCCACCAACGCCGCCGCGUACCCCACCCCGCAGCUUUCGUCGCUCAAGGUGGCCGCACAGGGCGGCGACUCGGGAAGCAGCCGGACCAGCUUCAACCUCGUCAAGCUGCGCCGCAUCACGUCCGUCAAGCCACUCCAGGACGCCUCGGCGUCGAAGCUCUCGCUGACCCCGUGCAGAGAGGUCAACGUCCAGGCUGCCGAGGCGCGGGAGAGGGCAGCGACGGGUGAAGCACUAAAGCGGGCGGCCAAGAUCGGUGUGGGCGUCAGCAAGCUGGGCCAGGACGUCUUUGAUGCACUAAGCAAGACUCUACCUUGUAGAUGGGCGGAUCAGCAUAUCAUUGUCAUGGACGAGAUGGUGGUUUCACCCGCCGAGUACGACAAGGCGCACAUCCCCAACAUGUCCCAGGAAAUGCUGCAGGCGCUAGCCGAUGGGAAAGACGCACCGGGCGCGCCUCCCGACGGCAAGCAAAAGGCGACGAGAUGGCAGCGGGUCUCCAAGGUUCUCGAGGGAGAACGACGGAAAAUCCUCAGUCGUCAGCAACAGUAG